AUGUUACUGCUGCUCCUUCAGCUGUUAGUGCUCACAUGUCUUGGGGCCACUGAGAUGCAGAGAGAUUCACUGCGGAGGAAAGGCAGAAGGCUGUUUCAUCGCCUUUUCUAUCUGGACAAAAAUCUACUUGAAAGUCAGAGACUUCAUGAAUUCGGAAGUGAGAGGCCAGUACGUGUUGAGGAAAUUCUGGGAGAACCAAGUUUUUUUGUAGCAAUUCCACAGACAGCAUCUGAAAGUGAGAAGAAAGAGGAGAAAAAAAUGUCCAGAUUCAUCCUUCCCAAUGCAGAACUUCAUGCAGGCCAAGACCUGAGAACCUGGGCAGCACCUAGAGACAUCUCUCCUGCAGGAAGCUUCCCUCCAUCACACUAUUCUAUCAAGAAGGAGACUGAACGUCCAUAUAGAAAAGAUGCCAAGAAAUUCUGGGACCAUUUUAUGUUAAAGAAAAAUUCAGCAUCUGAAGAGGUUGUCCUGCCAAUUAAGACCAAUGAAAUGCACCAAGAAAACUGCAGAACCUUGCCUUUUUCUCAGGGUGUUACUCAUGAGAACUGUGAGAAGGUGACCAUACAGAAUAAUCUGUGUUUUGGAAAAUGUAGUUCCUUUCAUGUUCCUGGUCCAGAAGAUCAUCUUUACACCUUUUGCUCUCGGUGUUUGCCCAGUAAGUUCUUCAUGAAGCAUCUGCACCUCAACUGCACCAGUUCUACCCCAGUGGUCAAAGAAGUCAUGAUUGUGGAAGAGUGUAAAUGUGAGACUCGGAAGAUUAAAGACCAUGAGACUGGAUCUCUGAUGUCAGACUUCCGUGCAAAUGUACGUGAGCAUAAUUAA